AUGCUGAAGUUCAUAAAAUUUUUUUUUGUUUAUCUGGUUUUAACGAACGCUAAGAAGACCCUGCGCACGAAUGAGAGAUUCCCCAUCCAAUUGUUUUUAAAUGGCUCCACAACGUUUGGUAUAAAAAGGAAGAGCCAAAGUUGUGUAGGAAAAACAACCCCCUUGCAUUUGAAGAAAAGGCUGGACCCAAACGACAAAUACACAGUAAUCAAAAGACAUGAAGCACGGGUGCAGAGAAAUUUAAAGAGGAAGUACCUGAUUGAAAGAUACAAGGAAAAAAGAGAGCAAUUAAAAAAAUACAUAGCAGAAGCAUCGUCCCCUAUUGAAUAUGUUUACUGGAAGUACAAGCUGUCCUCUCUUCCCAGGGACUCUUGCCCUGUCAGGUUCCGGAACAGGGCUCGCGGAUAUUACUCCUUCUUCGGCCUGUGUAGACACCAAGCUCGUGCACUCAUACAGAAAAUGUUCUUCCCCGGUUUUGUCAAGGCAUGUUGGUAG